AUGGAUGGGAAAGGAAAUGUGAGAAAGAAAACGCCGGUUCGGCUCAAUGUUUAUGAUAUGGUUAGUUUUUGAAUUUUUGGUUUCAAAUUCGUAAAAUAAAAAAAAUUUGUUAGAAAAAUUUAUAAUUUUUUUUCAUGAAACUCUACAAUAUUCAGUUACAAAAUAGAAUUAAAAAUAAUUUAUUUUAUAUUCAUCAUAUGUAGAACCCGAUUCUUUCAGUAUUGGUUAAACGAUUAUGCGUCAAACAUCGGGUUCGGCAUUUUUCAUUCGGGUAUCGAAGUUUUCGGCGUUGAAUACGCUUAUGGAGGACAUCCAUAUCAAUUCUCAGGUGUUUUCGAAAAUUCGCCGCAAGAUGCCGAAGAACUUGGAGAAAAUUUCAAGUUCAAAGAAUCGAUUAUUGUUGGCGAAACUGAUUUCACAUCAACUGAUAUUCGCAAAUUUAUCAAAGCGAUGGGAGAAGAGUUUAGAGGAGAUCGGUUCGUUUUUUAAAAAUCUUUGAAAUUUGUGAAGUUACCAUGCGAUUUUCAUUUCAAAUUCAUCAUUCAAAAAUUUUGCAGGUAUCACUUAAUAUCGCGAAAUUGCAAUCAUUUUAGUGCAGUAUUUGCACGAGCUUUAACUGGAAAAGAUAUUCCGGGAUGGAUCAAUCGAUUGGCGAAUUUGAGUGGAAGUAUUCCAUUUUUGGAGAAAUGUAUACCGCAAGAAUGGCUGACACCAAUUGUUUUACAAGCAUCUGUUGACGAGAAAAAACGAGGAAGUAUUGAUUCGGCUGAAGAAGCAACUGAAACAAUGACAUCGAGAGCAGCGUUGAAUGGUUAGUUGGUUUUGUGAAAAAUCAUCAUUGUAAAGUUAUUGAUUUUUUCAAAAUCUACAUGGUAAUUCACAAAAAAUCAUGAUCUAGAAUAGAUCUCUGUUGAUAAUUUUUUAAUUUUAUUCUGAAGUUUUCGUAUCACAUGAUUUAAACCUAAUCUCAUGAAGCUUGAGGAAAUCCUAUUUUUAAAUUGUAAAUUUAAUAAUGAUACGUUUUUAUCUGGUCCCUAGAAUCGCCAUCUCCAUCUGUUUCAAAAAAUAGUGAUUCACUGAAAUUUGAUCAUUUCCGGAAAUUAUCAUGAACGUUCACUUUUGAAAUCCAAAUUUCCGUUCGAUUUCUCACAUCACUUUCAGUAAAUAAGGAAGUUUUAAAAAUCAUAUUUGUUUUUCAGAUUCACGAACAACAAUUCUCGAAAAUCGCACAGCCAGUGGAACUGCAAUAAUGUCAACAUCAACCUCAUCUUCUUCGAAUGUUGAUCGACUUCUUCGAAUGUCUCCAUCUUCAUCUUCAGCAUCAUCUUGUGAUAUUUCAGACUAUGAAGAUGGUUUCGCUUCGCGGAAAUCAUCGACAGAGAAAAAUCGGAGUAAUUCUCCACCAAUUUUUCGAUUCUGGAACACAAUAAAAGCAACAAUCAAUGGAAGUACACAAUCAAUGCCACCACCAACAACAACACCAGCAGCAGUUAUUCCACAAUCAGUUGCUUCAACAGUUGGAAGAGCGACUGUGUCAGCAAGAGAAUCGACAAGUCAAACAGCACAACUUGUUAAACCGACAUAUUCCGAAUGUUAGAAGGUAGCCUUUUGAUGGAUUAUAAGUUAUUAUUAAAAAUGUUGAUAUUUUCAGAAAUCUCAACAAUCAAUCAUAA